UUCUGUUCUUUCUCUGUUUCAUGAAUGUAUUUCUAACUAUUAAACUUUGCAUUUAUGGAUAACCUCAAGAUUGAUUUUUAAACUUUCAUAUAUCUAAGCAUGUUUUGGAUCCUGCUAUUGGAGAAAGCUUGAUUUUUUAAAUAUGGAAAAUGCCUCUUUUCUUUUCUUGUUUCUAUGGCAGAUUUUUGGUUGCAUUGCUGCGGUGUCAUCAUCUUUGCAUGUGGGCAAGGCAGGCCCAAUGGUGCACAUUGGUGCUUGCAUUGCAGCUUUAUUUGGGCAUGAAAGGCUGCAUAAGUGUCACCUGAUAGGACAAUGGCUGAAAUAUUUAAAGAAUGAUAAAGAUCGCAGGGACCUUGUGGCUUGCGGAGCUGGUGCAGGAGUAGCUGCUGCUUUUCGUUCGCCGGUUGGUGGUGUUCUUUUUACUCUUGAGGCAUUGUCUUCGUGGUGGAGAAGUUCCUUAUUGUGGAGAGCAUUCUUUACAACAGCUGUAGUUGCAAUUGUGCUUCAAGCUUUAAUUGAUAUUUGUAAAAGCGGAAAGUGUGGUUUGUUCGGAAAGGGCGGGCUUAUAAUGUUUGAUGUUACUUCAACAACCAUUGCUUAUCGAUUAUUGGACUUGCCUCUUGUAAUGCUUCUCGGAGUUAUAGGGGGUAUAUUAGGAACUUUCUACAAUUUCUUGAUGGAGAAGGUCCUUCAAAUCUACAAUCGUAUCAAUGAGUAUGUUUUCCUUCUCCUUGCUUCUAUCAUUUCAUGCAAGCAUCUUGUUUGAAAUUUGUUAACAAAGAAGAAAGGAAAAACAAUAAAAGAACAUUGCCUUUAUGUUACUGUUAGUGAUAACAUAAAAUAGUAGUGUUUUUUCAUUCAUUUCAGAUGAUAGCAUGGUUCCUCGAAGGUCCUUUCUUGCAUUAUGAUUAUGUUUGAUGUUGAGGAAAAGCAACUCUGAUUUGAGCAAAUGAGUUUUACAUUCAC